AUGAACUAUGCUCAGAUCCAGAUCAUUUCGCUGAGCGGAGAACGAAUUGCACGGUUCCGAGCCGACCCGACGUUGACAGUACAAGCUAUCUAUCGGGAUCUACAGCGUCGUCUGGGGCUUCAAAUUUAUCGCCAAGCCCUCCUCUACUGCAACGAGGUGUUGGACUCCGGGGUCUAUCUUUCAGAGCUUGGAAAUGGCAGCGAAAUUGAGCUGACCCUGAUAGUGCAGAAUGUGUCUUUGGUGGUGACGUCCUCCUCGGACUACACUGCCAAGGUUUGGAACUGGUUCAAUGGUGAAUGUGUGCAGACGCUCACAGGCCACGCCAGUGAUGUCCACAAAGUGGGAUUCUCACCGGACGGGACCUGGGUUGUGACGGCUUCUUUCGACUCGACAGCACGAAUCUGGAAGUUGUCCAACGGAGAGUGUACACAGAUCUUAAGGGGCCACACGAGUGACCUGAACUCCAUCGUCUUCUCCCCGGACAGUCGCACGCUGGUCACGGCCUCCGAUGACCACACUGCAAAGCUUUGGGACGUGGCCCAUGGUGACUGCAUGAAGGUUUUGGCCGGCCAUUCAGCUGUCGUCAACUCAGCCCUUUUCUCAUGGGACGGUUCCUUGGUUGUUACCGGCUCCUUCGAUGGAGAUGCCCGCAUCUGGAGUGCAGUCGACGGUGAGUGUCUUCGGAUCUUAUCCAGCAAGGGCAUGCCGCUUGAGUUUGCGGUGUUCUCUCCGGAUGCAGCCUUUGUGGUCACUGUUGCUAGGGAUGGACUGGUACGGUCAUGGUGCUCAGCAGAGGGCGAGUGCGCACAGACGCUUGUGGAUGAGGGACACUUAGUGAACUGUGCCGCAUACUCUCCUGAUGGCGCCUUUGUCCUCGCAGCAUUUCUGGACUGCGCAGCACGGCUGUGGAGUCUACAUCGUGGCGAACGAAUCCACAUUUUGCGCGGCCACAAGAACCUGAUCCGGUGUGCUUCUUUCUCUGCCGACGCUGCACUUGUUGUUACAGGUUCCUUCGACGGUGUGGCGAAGAUCUGGAGUGUCAUGCGCGGGGAGUGCCUUCAAUCGCUUUCGGGUCAUGAAGGCCUCAUCACCAGCGUGGCAUUUUCAGAGGACUGUGCGCAGGCUUCCGAGGAAGAGCUGGCCAAAGACAGCGGCCUUCCCAAGCAGCGCUUCUCCCGUCAGGAGGUCGUGUUCUGUUCACAUCCUGCCCAUGCUCGAUGCCUGCAGUGUGCCGGCCGGACAUGCCCGGAAGUGCCGCAGACGGCCUACGUGCUCUUCCACAAUGCUUACUCGGCUGUGGCGCAUUUCAAGGCGCCGAGCCAGGCCGAAGCGUCGGCACUUCCUGUGCCACGGCGGAGUCUGGCUGCCGGUGAGAUCCUGUUCGCCUCCUUUGCGGCCCUGGUUCAUGACCUGGGGAGAGGAAAGCGCUUCCUCGACCUGGGCUCCGGCACGGGGCGCGCAGUGGUCGCAUGGGGGCUGCUGGUGCCGGAUGGUACGGCUGUUGGCAUCGAGAUUCGACCAGAGUUGCACCGUGAAGCCGUCCAGGUCCGAGAAGCUUUGCCACAGGACGUGCGGAGGCGGCUCCACCUGCACUGUGGCGACCUCUUUGAGUUCGAAGAGCUGACAGAUGCCGAUGUGAUCCUCGUGAACAGCACCGGCUACGAUGACAACCUGAUGGCCGCAAUCAGCAGAUGCAUUAAGAGACGGGCAAGCCGCCCGCGGAAUGCAGGCUUCCCUUCAGCAAUGCACAAGUACCGGUUACUCUCCAAGAAGGGUGAGGGCACCUUCUCAGAAGUGCUGAAGGCUCAGUCUAUUAAGUCUGGGAAGCAUGUGGCCAUCAAGUGUAUGAAGAACACCUUCGACAGCAUUGACCAAGUCAACAACCUCAGAGAGAUUCAGGCUCUGCGAAGGCUCGCGGGCCAUGCGAACAUCAUUAAGUUGCAUGAAAUACUCUACGACGAGCCCACAGGACGGUUGGCCUUGGUCUUUGAGUUGAUGGACAUGAAUGUGUACGAGGCGAUCAAGGGUCGAAGGCACUACCUGCCAGACACGAAGACGAAGCACUACAUGUUCGAGAUCUUGAAAGGCUUGGAUCACAUGCACAGAAACGGCAUCUUCCACCGCGAUGUAAA